UCUCACAUAGGUGUUCCUUUUGUCCAGGUGGGAAAGGGCAGUGUGGAGCGCAGUUGAGAUUGUGUCAUCUGUGGAUCUGCUGGGGCAGAGUGGGUCUAGGGUUUCCAGCAUGAUGAUGUUGAUGUGAGCCAUGACCAGCCUUUCAAAGCUUGUCAUGGCUAUUUUUUUUACCUUUAUUUUACUGGGCAAGUCAGUUAAGAACAAAUUCUUAUUUUCAAUGACGGCCUAGGAACAGUGGGUUAACUGCCUGUUCAGGGGCAGAAUGACAGAUUUUGUACCUUGUCAGCUCGGGGUUUUGAACUUGCAACCUUUCGGUUACUAGUCCAAUGCUCUAACCACUAGGCUACGAUGCCGCCCCAUAAAUAGUGUAGUAGUAGGCUACUGUAAUAGUAGUACAAAUAAUAAUAGUACUGUAGUAUUAGUAUAAGUAACCUAGUAGUCGUUUAAUCCCUGGUUAGUCUACACUGUAAUGUAAAAUCACUGAAAAAUCCCUGGAUUAAGCACACUGCCGCUUUAAGAGUGCUCGUCCCCCUGUGGCAUUUAAACGCUUUCAGAAUCGUCGUUGCAGAUGUGUCACAAUUCAUGCCUGGCUCGCGCUUCAAUUUAGUUUACAUUCACCGCACACGCACCGAUACACACACGUUAUUAGGGCAUUGUAUUAGGAGCAGGGCAAUGGCUUCAGCGAGUGUGGUAGGACCAAGACAGCAUCGUCCUAGCCCAGACCAGGAGUUUUUCUUUAAGGAAAUAACGGCCACCGGGAAGAAGAAAAUAACGUUACCGAGGAAAUAUUCCCUGGAGAAUAUGGUGACCAGGAAGAUAUCGGUGAAGCGGGAGUGCGGUUCGGUGUCGGUCUUAUCAGCAGUCACAGCAACCCCGCUAAACCCGUCCCUGACCCCGGCACACCAAAGAGCAGCAGCCGAGGUAGGAGGGGGGAAUCCCGGGGUGAGAAGUGGGGCUCAGCCGGAGCUGGUGCCACGUAGCUUCGACAGAGAACGCGACAGCAGCAGGCCUGAUUGUGGGCACACGGAGAGAGACACGACGGCGGCGAGGGAGGACACUGGUCAAAGCGGACGGAGGGCAAGCGGCAAUGACUAUGCCGAUGACGGUGGGAGUUCACUGAAGACCGUCACAAAUGUUCGGUCAAGCACAUCCGCCAACGAACAGAUAGCAGAUGCCAAGUGUGACAGAUCAAGCGCGCCCACAAACGGACACACUGGCGCACACUCACAUCGGGACCGGCCAGUCAGGAUGCGCGCAUCCCACAGCCUCCCUGGUGAGACCACCGGGCCGGGUACCAAAGGGGACACCGGGGGGCCACCGAUGGAGCGGUUGACACAGGGAAGGACAGGGGUCGUUAAAUUCGCGCGCACAGAACCACACCGGAAGGAGGCCUGGUCAAUAUUUGCCUCCCAGGAGCAGGAGGACCCGCGCGUGCGUGCGGAGACAGGGGAGGGCCACCUGUUCUGGACCAGAACAGUUACUCAGGACUGGUGCGACGUUUGUAACCAGCCAAUCAACGCCCAGCAGGCGCUCAAGUGUAAAAACUGCAGCUACACCUGUCACCUGGAGUGUGAGGGGCGGGUCCAGCUGGACUGCAACCAGAGAGACAGCAACCCACAGGAAACUCCAUCUCCCAGAAGACACUGCUCCACACCUCCUCAGUACAAGCAGAAUGAAGUCAAAGAGGAACAGGAGGGAGGACCCAAGGCUCUGUCAGAGAAAGAGGUGUGUGCCAGGAUAGAGGACUACAACUCUAACGUCUCAGAGAAUGGCAUGAAACUGGCUGCUGAUGGUUUGUACACUGGCUUCAUUAAGGUCCACCUCAGGCUGAGUCGGCCAGUCACAGUGCUUGCUGUGGAGGGUGCGGGAUUAGAGGAACUGUCAGGCAAGCCAGACAGACGCGGUCGACUAAUGACGGUGUCAGAGGGCCAGGAGGGAGAGGGAGCGGGGUUGAGUGACAAGCGGACGUCGUUCUACCUUCCCAGUGACUGUGUGAAGCAACUCCACAUCAGUAGUACUACCACAGUAAGGGAGGUCAUACAGGGCCUGCUGAAGAAGUUUAUGGUGCUGGAUAACCCACGCAAGUUUGCCCUUUACAGACAGACACACCGCGAUGGACAGGAUCUGUUCCAGAAACUUCCUCUGGUGGAGUGUCCUCUCUGUCUGAGACUGGUGGCAGGGCCAGACCCUGAGCUGCUCAGCUUUGUCCUCAAGGAGAAUGAGACCGGAGAGGUGGAGUGGCAUGCGUUUUCAGUUCCUGAGCUGCAGAAUUUCCUGGUGAUUCUGGAGAAGGAGGAGACUGAGCGUGUGCGAUUGGUGGAGCAGAGAUUCACAGCUUACCGACAGAGAUUGCAGAAGGCACUAUGCGAGCAUCAACCCUGAUCCCUCAUCCCUAAUCUCUCACCCUGACCCUUCAACCCUCACCCUUCUGUUGACCCAGGGAGAGACAGGAGACCACUGAAGCUCACAGACUACUAUUCUCCCCUCAUUACACGGUCAGCCCCCCUCCAUCCCUCCUCCCCACCCCCCUUGAGAAGAGAGGAGGGCUUGAGAAAGCAUGGAAAGGGAAAAGGGGACUGAUUAAAGGGUGAGUGGGCAGGAUUCUGGAACAUAAUCAGUGUUUCCCUGGGAGGUGAAAGACACGAUGAACUGACAGACCCUCUGGGCUCAGAUAUCUCAUUUGGUCUGACAAUGUGACCUGAUGGGCCUCCUAAUGUUACAUUGAAUCUCAGUUUGGUCCGAUUAUGUUUUUAAGAUUAUACUGCUGCUGCUGCUACUGCAAGUGUUACUUAUUUACUUACUUAUGUAUUUACUAAGGUAUGAGUCUCACCCUGCUCUAUCUGCCCCAGCGCCCCUGCAUAAAGAUUCAGAUGGACUAGAACAGACAUUACCAUUCAAAACAACGCUCCAUGGUGGAUGGAUCAUUUGGAAUGUUCCAUUACUUGAUGUUUACGAUAUCAACUCUCAGGUUGUCCCUGCAUGCCUUCUGUCCAGGGUCGAGGGUGGGUUAGAAGGGUAGGAGACGGGUGGGUAUGCUUGGGUUGGGAAGUAGGGUUGAGAUGCUGGGGUAAAGCUAUGUUCGUCUUCAUCUUCAGACUCCUCUCAUAUCAGUCCCAGGGAUGUACACCAGUGUUUCUCAUAGAACUGCUCUGCUGAGCUAAGGAGGCAACAGAAGAAGACCUGAGCUCUCUAUCCUAAUUUAUUUAUCCAGCGCUGAAAUAACCCCUCUAUCUCAGGCGGCUAACUUUCACUUAAUCCUGCAUCUCCAUCUACCUGGGUAACCAUGCUAGUGUGGGAGGUGUUGUGCAGAUAGAUGUGUAUAUCAUAAAUAGAUGCUAUUCCCAUAGACACUAGUCUCUUCAGAUAGCCAUUGAGUACCCUGACUACAUUCACAUAAACAGAGACAUAUGUCUUCUGUACCUGUUAUUCAUUCACCCAUCCUACAGAAGCAUACCGUAUGUAAACAAUCAGUAGAUUCCUUCAUUGCAUGAAUCGUCUGCUGGAGUUUAAAGCAUUUACAAACAGUUGAUGUUUUGACUCUUCAUAUACUCUUCACCCUUUCCUUAUCAAUAACCUCUGACCUUUAUCUCCUGAACCCUAACCUGGAAAUGUACAUUUCUCCUGAUGGGAGACUGCUUUGCUGCUGUUCCCAGUGUCUGUGGAGAAGGUAUGCAGCUGUAGCUACUGUUAGAGGCCUGUUAGAGCCAGCCACUCUGUGCUGCUGUGACGGGCCCCUGAAGCCCUGCUACUGAGCCGACCGUUACAGGACCGAGUGAAUGAGGAACUGAUGCUCAAACACUGAUUGAGGGUCAAAAUGUAAUCUGCCAGUAGUUGUUCCUUGUCAGUUCGUGUAGUUAGGAAAAACUCCUGUUCCUAUAGUUCAUUGAGCUGAGAAACCCCAUUCUGGUGAUCACACCAAAGUUAAGAGGGACAGGGGCCGUGGGAUAUGCCUGACUGAAAAGAUGACGUAUUGUAGGAAAAUACUUUUUUUGCACACUAAUUCUGGCCACAAAUUGGUCUGCCAGUCUGUAUAGUAUCCUAGAGAAGGAGCAUGAAAUUAGUGAUUUUUUCAUUCAUUUUUUAAGGGAAAUUGAUCAUACAAUUAAUGUUUAUCUGAGUGUGAUGCAUAUGUAUAUAUGUAAACAUUGGAGGACAAAUUAUUAUUAUUGAUUAUAAAUAUUGUUAGUUGAAUUGGGGUGUGCGUCUGGGCUGAAGAUAAAGGUAUAAAUGUUAUAUGAUAGUUCAUAUCUAUGUAUUCCAGUCAGUCUCUCUCAUCGUCCAAAAGCACAUGCCUUCCUGAUGCUGAGUCCCUUCAUCAAGCCUGUUUUAUUUUUGCCCUCACAGGGCUUAUAGAAGCCACACAAACAGAUCUGAGACCAGACUACAUGUCAACGAUGGAAACCAUAAGAUUGUGUGUGUGUGUGUGUGUGUCUUUGUGUGCUUACAUCUGCGUGUGUGUUAUUUAUUUUAUGGUUCGCCCCCUUCGGCUUGGUGUUAAGUGUCAGAGGAUGUGGGCAAUCAAUGCUUUCCAAUAAUCUCUUAGUUUGGUUUAUCUGAAGAAUCAGAUGUGUAUAUAGAUAUCUGUAAAGAAAAUGAAGAAUUAAAUAAAUGUCAUCCUUUAAUUAA